AUGAGUGAGAAGAAGAUCGAGGAGCUUUUGAAGCUUCUGAGCAUGAACAAUGGGGACAUGUCGAAGUUGACAGCGAACCAGCGGAAGGAGAUGAAGGAGUACAAGUUCUGGAAGACGCAGCCUGUGACGAAGUUUGACGAGGAAGUGAAGGAGGAAGGGCCCAUCCACGAGGAGAAGACGCCUGCGGAUAUACCUGACGAGCCGCUGCCCCUGUUGCCAGACUUCGAGUGGUGUGCCAUUGAUGUCGACGACGAGAAGCAGUUGGAGGACGUGUUUGUGCUGCUGAAUGAGAACUACGUGGAGGACCGCGAUGCGUCGUUCAGGUUCAAUUACACCCGCGAGUUCUUCAACUGGGCGCUCAAGAGCCCCGGCUGGACCCCCGACUGGCACAUCGGUGUGCGUGUGAAGGCCUCCAAGAAGCUGAUUGCGUUCAUCUCCGCCAUCCCAGUGAGGCUCAGAGUGAGAGCCAAGGUUAUCGACAGCGUCGAGAUCAACUUCCUAUGUGUGCACAAGCAACUGAGAUCAAAGAGGUUGACUCCCGUGCUGAUCAAAGAGAUCACCAGACGUGUCAACAAGCGCAACAUAUGGCACGCACUGUACACAGCCGGUGUGGUGUUGCCUGCUCCGGUGAGCACCUGCAGGUACGCACACAGACCGUUGAACUGGGACAAGCUAUAUGAGGUCCAGUUCACUGACCUGCCUCCGAACGCCACGAAGGCGGAGAUGGUGGCCAAGUACACGCUUCCAAAGGCAACGAAGACCGCCGGUCUGAGAGAGUUGAGACUCGAGGAUGUAGACCAGGCCCUGGCACUGUUCAACAGGUACCAGUCCCGGUUUGAUAUCGUCCAGGAGUUCACCAAGGAAGAGUUCAUACAUUGGUUUAUUAACGACAAGAACGUUGUGGAACAGGACAAGAGGGUUGUAUUCUCCUAUGUUGUUGAGAGCGAGGGCAAGGUAACAGACUUCUUCUCUUUCUACUCACUGCCAUUCACAAUCUUGAACAACUCCCGCUACAAGGACCUGGGUAUCGGUUACUUAUACUACUACGCCUCGGAUGCCGACUUCAAGUUCGAGGACAGGUUCGACAAAGAAGGUACAUCACUCCUAAAGCAAAGACUCUCCACGUUGGUGCAGGACGCAUGUAUCAUCGCGGCACAGAACAAGAUGGACGUCUUCAACGCUUUGUCCUCCCAGGAUAACACACUGUUCCUGGAAGACCUGAAGUUUGGUCCAGGUGACGGGUUCUUGAACUUCUACCUGUUCAACUACAGAACAUUCCCAAUCACCGGUGGCCUGACUGAGGACCAGCACUUCGACACCGAGCACCGCAGUAACGUCGGCGUUGUCAUGCUGUAA